UAUAUCUGUUAUGUUUCGUCUGAAGCUUAACCACAUCAUUUUAUACAAGAACUUACUAACAAAUAUGGACCUGAAGGAGCUUCCAUCGAACGUUGGUGACAACAAGAUAAGCGAAGAAACAAGUAUUUUGAUCUCUACUCUUCCUUCACACACAGAUUUUCGAGCGAAUAAGCUUUGUAAUUAUCAGGGAUCUUGGUAUUACUACAACACUCUUCAAGGCGUUCUUAAUUUCCAGGCAGGUUUUAAACCGCAAGACACUGAUAUAAUCCUUGCUUCUUACCCCAAAUCAGGCACUACAUGGCUAAAGGCCCUCACCGUCGCCCUUAUGGAGAGAUCAAAGAGCCCUUCCUUUGAUCAUCAUCCUCUACUAUCUGACAAUCCUCAUGGCAUUGUACCAUUCUUGGAGAUCGAUGUGUAUCACGAAAGCUCAAGUCCUAACCUAGCCAAGUUCUCAUCACUUCCGAGGCUGUUCUCAACUCACAUGCCAAUGCACGCCAUGCACGAAAACCUCAAGGACUCUCCUUGCAAGAUUGUGUACGUGUGCAGAAACGUGAAGGACACAUUGAUCUCGUGGUGGUUUUUUGGGAGUGCUAUUCAUAAAAUGGAACCAAACAGAAGUCUUCUUGAGUCUACCUUCAAAGCGUUUUGCAAUGGAACUAUCUAUUAUGGACCCAUUUGGGAACAUGUCUUGAGUUAUUGGAGAAGAUGCUUGGAGGAUCCCAAGAAAGUGCUUUUCAUGAGGUAUGAGGAGAUGAAAGAGGAGCCUCGUGGUCAGAUCAAGAGACUUGCUGAGUUUUUGGGUUGUCCUUUUACUAAGGAAGAAGAAGAUAAUGGACUAGUGGAUGAGAUCUUGGACUUUUGCUCUCUGCGUAACUUGAGUGGUUUGGAAGUUAACCAAACAAAGAAAUUUAACAAAGUGGAUCGCAAGAACUUUUUCCGUAAAGGAGAAGUUGGUGACUGGAAGAAUUAUCUUACUCCUGAAAUGGAGAACAGGCUAGACAUGAUCAUCCAAGAAAAACUGCAAGGUUCUGGUUUGAAAUUUUAGAAAUUUAUAUGGUUUGUGUGUUUUCUUUGUUUUUAUCUUUUAAUUGUCAUCAGCAGAUCCAAAGCUCUAUUCAAAAGUUUCUGCAGCAAUAAUAUCUAUAUUAUUAAAACUGAAGUAUAUUUUAUUAA